AGAAAAUUCAGUCUUCGGAAUUUCGAGGUGACCAUGGCUUCCCAGGCUGAAAAUGAGCAAGCCCCGCCCAAAAUUAAGUUCAUAUCUUCUGCACAAGAUAAGACCUCCUCUUGCGAGCCUCCAGCUCGAGACUUGGACCAAUGGCUUGAGCCGUGGGCGCCACACUGCAGCACGGCGUCGGAAAUUUAUUGGAGUGAAAGCGCCACUCGCUAAUCGACAUGUUCAUUCUGCAUGUGUAUGCAGGCUAGAAGACCGUGCGGGGAUGUAGUCGCAAGGCUGGGCUUGGAGGGCAUUUUCCUAUAAAUGAUUGACUUCAGCCUGGUCGCGUACAGUUGAGUAGUCCCUCGUUCCUCCCUUCAAGUUGCAUCAUGUCUACCCCGAGCGUCUUAAUAUUCAUUUUAUUAGCCUGUACUCCAUUAGGCGAUACUCAGUUAUUAUCCUUAUCAACGAUACCCACUACGUCGUCGAUGGUUCAGAAUGUUGCCGGCCCCCUAACAACACCAUUUGUUGCACCGUCGUAUUGCACUAGCCAAGUCGUCUCGUGCGAGAUCACUGCUACGAGUGAUUGCGAAAGAAUUGUACGAGAUGUGACUUGUGGUUCAGAUGGCCAGGCUUCCCUAGCAAGUGCAUGUUUCCCGGGCGGCCCACAAGCGCUCAAUCUUGACGCAUCAGCUCCCCCCUUUCUGUAUUCACCCGGAAUAGCAUGCCCAGUUGGAUGGACGUCCAAUGGAGUAUAUAUCGACGGAAACAUGGUUUCUACGAUCGGAUGCUGCCCAUCAACCCUUCACAUGUCAGACAGUCAGAGCUGCGCAGCAGACAACACGUAUUCAUCGGGGACUAGCAGCGCAUACUCAUGUCAGGGCCAAUCACUAGUACCAACCAUAGUUUCGUGGACCUCCGGGCAAGCGUCCUUCAACUACAUCUGGGCAAGACAGGUACAGGUGGUGUUAGAUAAUGCAACCCCCUUCACAACGUUCAGCAGUCCAACAUCCGCGACACUCAGUAGAACGGCAUCCGGAGCUGGGCCUAGCAUCACCACACAGCCAGACCCCGGAGAUCCAGGAAAACCUGGCCUCUCGAUAGGAGCAAUCGUGGGCAUAGUCAUUGGGGCGCUGGCACUCAUACUCCUCGUUGCCGCAUUCUUCUUCUUCCGACGCCGCAAGCAGAGAGAAAACGCCGCUCCCACGACGUCGGAUCAGUACAACGAUGCUUCCGUGCCCGAACUCAUCACCAACAAUGACAACAAGAACGACUACCCAUUCGGGCGCACACAAACCCCCACCCAAGGCCUGAAAGGGCCAUCAAAAACCGAAAUGGCCAUGGCACAUCCAGCCAGUCUAUCUCCGCGUUCCGUAAAAUCCAACACCCCAACACGCAUGAGCCCGGUGGAACUCGACACCCCGACACACACAAACUGGGAGGGCUCGACACCGGCGACAUCCCAAGUUGGAUACCUCCCAUAUUCCCCGUACAACCCACAGGAGCGGGACUCACGCCCGUCGUCGCAAGCUCCUCGCACCCCCAUCAUGCAGGAACUCGCCAAUGCACCAAGUCCAUCCAUGUCGCCGUCCUACAUACAUAGCGACGCCGCUUCGAUUCUUUCGGAGAGAGAUGGUCGGCCGGAAACAGCGGAGAGAGGCUACCCUUCGUCGCCUUUGACACCGCAGAGUCCCGGUACUGCGGGUCAGGAUGCGCGACUUGCGGAUCUGGAGAGCUCGAAAGCUGGGUUGGAGGAGCGGAUGGCGAGGUUGAGACAUCUUGCGGAGCUGGAGGAGGAGCAUGCGAGGAUGCAGGCUGAGAUUGAGCGGUUGAGGGGUGCGAGGUGAAAUUUGGGAGAUAAGGAAGGUUGGUUGUAGAGCGGUUUGCUGUGGUGAUGAGAAGAUAUCAAAGUGUUUGUACGUGUAUAUGUUUCACGAGCGUCAUCACACCAUUGCGAGGGUACAUAUGAUGAUUUUCGAGAUACCUAAUGGG